CAUUCGACUGACUAUUAGACAUCUUUAGACACAAAAUUGCUUGCUGGGCUGCAUGAGAACAUGUACAGAUCUUAACCAUGUAUUAUGUGAUGUUACGCAGGGUGUUGUGUAUAUCAACGACAAUGCAAAGAUUAUUACCAGUGAUUACGAGUGCAUCAACGGAGUCAUACAUUUUAUAGACAAGGUCCUCCUUCCAUACGACCUGCCAAAGAAAAUGCCAGGGAAAUACGCAGAUUUAAAUGUUACUGCCGCUGCUGAGCAAUAUGGCUUCAAAACUUUCAGCAAGCUUCUCAAGGAUGCCGACAUGAUGCAUGUGGUGCUACAUAAACCGUUUCACCCUUUGACCAUGUUCUGGCCAACCGACAAUGUUUUUAACAAUCUCCCUGAAGAAAGAAAGGCAUGGUUGUACAAUGAAGAGCAUCGUGACAAACUACAAGCCUAUCUCAAAGCUCACAUAGUGCGCGACCAAAGGACCCUUGCUAUUAGUCUAACAUCUGAGAAAAAAGUGUCGACGUUGUUUGGAACAGAGAUUACCUUCAGCUGCAACAAAGACUUAAUUGGUGAUAUUUUAAUUGGUGGAAAUAAUGCCAGAAUUGUAUCGCGAAACAUGGUGUUCGACUCCGGAAUUGCUCACGGGAUCGACCAGCUCCUGGAACCACCAAGCAUUGGUGCACGCUGUGAUGACUUUGCUAGUACAGAGACAAAGGGAUUGUGUGGUUCCUGCGCUCUACCACCCCGAUGUCCCCUUGGUUCAGACGAUACAAACAAAACUAACAUCUGCAGACGAGCACACACGCCUUAUAUGCAUCGACGGCCAUUUUAUAAUAGCUAUUCUGGAUUGUAUUCAUACGGUUACGGGUAUAAUUCCUACAGUUCUUGGAUUGGCUGUAAUCGAGUCUGCACCAAAAUGGCGUGGACUUUUAAGUGCUGCAAAAACCACUACGGAAAAGACUGUCAAGUGUGUCCUGGUGGUCUAGAAGCACCGUGUGGGGAACAUGGCGGCUGUGAUGACGGACAGCUUGGAACCGGGAAGUGUAAUUGUCACACGGGGUUUACGGGUACAGCUUGCGAGCUGUGCGAGAACAAUCGUUUCGGACCCAACUGCACAGCGUGUAAUUGCACGAAAAAUGGCAAAUGCGACGAGGGUCUAGAUGGUAACGGCAGCUGCUUUUGUCAGGAGGGAUGGACGGGUACGUUCUGCGAGACAAAGAUCGAAGUAAAGCCGGUCUGUUCACCUGCAUGUGAUCUCAAUGCAGUCUGCCUUCCUGAAAAUCAGUGCGAAUGUGUGCCGCCUUAUGACGGAAAUGGUGUUAACUGCACGGCUCCAGAUCUUUGCAGCGAGUAUAACGGAGGUUGCGAUGAACAAGCCAAUUGCCUGCAGACUGGGAUCAACGUCAAUUGUUCUUGUCGAACAGGCUAUUCGGGAGACGGGCACGCUUGUUCACCCAUCAACCGUUGCGUGGAGGAAGCAAACGGGGGCUGCAGCGAUUUCGCCAAAUGCAUUUUCACUGGACCCAAUGAGAGGCGUUGCGAAUGCCUCCAGGGGUACGUUGGAAACGGGAUCCAAUGUUUGGAAAAGGUUGUGCCCCCUGUUGACCGCUGUUUGGAGGAAAACGGAGGUUGCGACCCCAAAGCUUUGUGCAAAGAUCUUCAUUUCCACACAAAAACAGCCGGCGUUUUCCAUCUGCGAUCGCCUGAGGGGAAAUACAAAUUAAACUUUAGCAAAGCACAAGAAGCUUGCGAAAAAGAGGGGGCAGCACUCGCGACCUUCUCCCAACUGUCUGACGCCCAGCAGCUGGGAAUGCACAUGUGUGUGGCGGGAUGGAUGGACGGACAAAAAGCAGGUUAUCCGAUCCGGUUCCCUUCCGUUAAAUGCGGGGACAACCACGUGGGUAUCGUGCUGUAUAAAGAGCCAGUCAACAUCAGUUGGACUUAUGAUGCUUAUUGUUACAGCAUGAGAGAGGUGUCUUGUGAAUGCGGACCAGGGUACGUUGGCGAUGGGGAAUUCUGUAAUGGAGAUUUGGCCUCAAUUAUUGCCACAACGUCCAAUUUUUCUGUGUUUUACAGAACUUUACUGGGAUACGCGGAAGACACUGAGGAGGGGAAGAAACUCCUGAACGUCCUGUCAGACGUCUCCGCAAACAUUACGGUCUUUGUUCCUCAAAAUGAUGGUUUCGCUGCAAACCAGACCUUGUCUUUGAGAGAUUUGGAGUAUCAUAUAUCAACCAUAAAUAAUGUUCACUACUUUGAGGACUUAAAGAACAACACAGGAAUCCCAUCUCAUUUGGGCUCGGACCUCAUCAUAGCGAUUCCCUCAAACGCCACCGGCCAGGCCGAGAACUCUCAACCCCAAAAACUGGUUAAUAAGAAGAUUAUAUUAGCCUGGAACAUUCCAGCUAUCAAUGGACUGAUCCACGUCAUUGAAGCGCCGUUUAGGGCGCCCCCUGUUGAUGUGGCACCAGUUCUUCCCAUCACACAGUCCAGUGGUGUGGCAGUGACCACUGUUCUCAUUAUCAUCAUCAUCAUCUGUAUUGCUGCUGGACUUGCAUACUAUGUUCUCAAACAUAAGAACGAUGCAUUUCGUUUCCAAUAUUUCAAGAACGAUGAUGAAGAUGGCACUUCUACAAAAGGCGGUGGAAACCCUGCUCUGGUUUCCAUUCCAAAUCCUUGUUACAGUGGAUACAAGGCAUUCGCAGAACCAUUUGGGGAUUCGGCUGCUACAGACACACCAAACCUCAUGGACUAGCACAGAUUGCUAAGAUCGUCUCCUUUUUCAACUACCACAGAGAACCUCUUCAAAUAUCUCAGCAACCUUGUAUAUUAUACCUAAAUGAAGUACUUGAAAUGCAUCAUGUAAAUACAUUCCAGACAAUUCCAUGUGCUUACGGUUAUAGUCAGUCAAUAAAGAAAACAGCUGUUCAAAAUGGA